CUCGCAGCAACACACAUGGAACACUUCGAUACAACAUCUUGCCCCUAUAUCUCCUCCAUCUCGCCAUUUGCCUCCCGUGUUUGCCACUUGUAAUCUGACGAUCAGGUCGCACACUCUAUAUCCCCCAACACCCUAACCAACGACACAUCACACACACAAACGAUGGCCACGAUGCAGGUCAACCCUCACCCCCGUUCGGCCAACUUCCAGGCAGAAUUCGGCGAUCGAUGGGUAGAACAGUUCAACCCGGAUUACCAGACUUGGUUCUACGUCGAUAAGAGUACCGGACAGUCUACUUGGACUCACCCGGCCGACGCUCAGCCUCAACCUUCUUACGCUCCUCCUUCCGGUCCUCCCCCUUCUCACGUAGAGAAACCGGCUUAUGAAUCCACCCCCUCAUACGCCGCCUCGAACUCGAACCCGAACUUGAAUCUCGGUGCCUCGGGGUACCCCAACGAGAAGGCCUCUUACCAGCCGCAAGGAGGGGAUCCGUAUAGGGGCCACGAAUCCAGCCCUUAUACCUCUCAACAACAACCGCAACAACACGUCGAGGCUUAUCAGAACCAACCUCAGUCGGGAAAGAAGGGCGGGUUCUUGAGCAACCUGAAGAACAAGUUGAAGGAUGCGCAGACUGGAGGAGGGAUGGGCGGGAUGGGAGGAAGGCCCGGACAAGGUUAUGGAGGUGGUGGGAUGAUGGGUGGGGGCGGGUAUGGUCAACAAGGGUACGGACAAGGAGGUUAUGGAGGCGGGUACGGCGGAGGAGGUAUGAUGCGUCCCGGCGGCGGCAUGAUGGGUCCCGGUAUGAUGGGUGGCGGUCGCAGACAAGGUGGAGGAAUGGGAAUGGGCGGAGGAAUGGCACUCGGGGCGGGUGCGGGUCUUUUAGGAGGAAUGGCGUUGGGUGGGAUGAUGGGAGACGACGACGUAACGAACAACUAUUACGGCGACGACGGCGGUGACGGCGGCGAUUUCGGUGGGGACGACGGCGGUGGCGAGUAGACGAGGGUUCUCAGCGCGUCUGUUGAAACAUUGAUGUGAAGAAAGUCAGGAAGGAACACGAAUUCAGGGUUGUAUAUACGAGUAAAGAGCUACAGAAAGAUUUCGAUUGAUUGCUCGUUGUAGACUGG